GGUUGCGCCUCCAUCAAAAACCAGUUUAGAAAAAUCCCUGUUGAAGAGAGAGGAAGGACUGGUGCAUGUCACCUACUGUGCAGCAAAAUCUGUGCGCAGUUUGGAAGACAGAUUUCAAUUCGAGGUGCAUCGUGAGAGUCUGCAGCACACCAUUCUGCUCGAGCUCAAAAGCGCCAUUGAAAGGUUCACUUUUCGCAGUUUGGACUGGACUUGUUUUGUUUUGGAGUGCGCAAUGAUGGCCACUUACCAAAACCCGGAGGAUGACGCAAUGGCAUUAAUGAUCCACGACACCAACACGACCAAGGAAAAAGAGCGACCCAAAGAGGAGCCGGUCCAGGACAAAGUCCCGGAGAAGCCGGAUCCGUCCCAGAAACCACCGUACUCCUAUGUCGCUCUCAUUGCCAUGGCCAUUCGGGAGAGCUCAGAGAAGCGCCUCACUCUGUCCGGUAUUUACCAGUAUAUCAUCAGCAAGUUUCCCUUCUAUGAGAAAAAUAAAAAAGGUUGGCAGAACAGUAUCAGACACAACCUGAGUCUCAACGAAUGCUUCAUCAAAGUUCCGCGGGAGGGCGGCGGGGAGAGAAAAGGGAAUUACUGGACACUCGACCCAGCCUGCGAGGACAUGUUUGAGAAGGGGAACUACAGGAGACGCCGCAGGAUGAAGCGGCCAUUCAGACCCCCACCGACGCACUUCCAGCCGGGGAAGUCCUUGUUCGGAGGAGACGGCUAUGGCUACCUGUCUCCACCCAAGUACCUGCAGUCUAGCUUCAUGAACAACUCUUGGUCGUUAGGCCAGCCGCCCACUCCGAUGUCCUACACGUCCUGUCAGAUGGCCAGCGGCAACGUGAGUCCAGUGAACGUGAAGGGGCUGUCAGCCCCCUCAUCUUAUAACCCAUACUCCCGGGUGCAGAGCAUGGCGCUCCCCAGCAUGGUGAACUCUUACAACGGCAUGAGUCACCAUCACCACCCCGCGCACCCCCAUCAUGCCCAGCAGCUGAGCCCGGCCACCGCGGCACCGCCUCCGGUCUCCUCCAGUAACGGAGCGGGCCUUCAGUUCGCUUGCUCUCGACAGCCCGCGGAGCUCUCGAUGAUGCACUGCUCUUACUGGGAACACGAGACCAAACACUCGGCGUUACACACGAGGAUUGAUAUUUAAAGUUUACCCAAUGCUCUGUGUAAAAUGGGGACUCUAAGAGUGAGAGUUAAUUCCUGUGAUUUCAGAACAGAACCAAGAGUAUUUUUGAAGAGACCAUUCUGACGGGCUGUUUGGGUCCAGCUGACACCCAGAGAUGCAGAUGGGGAGGUAUGCGCGAGUUGAUGUGGAGAACGUUUUCCAAAAUGGAAUCGGGAGGUAAAGAAGUCACCAGGACACAUCAGGUAGCACAACCUCAUGGGAGCAAAUUCGUGCGCCUGUAUUACACUUGGACUGACGGCCAUAACUUGGUGUUCUAGUCAUAAUUGUGCCUUUGAAAAACCUUUCAGUUUCACGGGAAUAUACAUUGCUGUCAUUCAGCUGUGUGUUAUUGGUAUGCGUAAUGAUUUCUCUCAGCUUUACGCACGGCUCAUCCUAACUAUUGCCGAAUGAAACGUGAAGAUAAGUUAGAGAUUUAAAAUGUAAAAAUAAAUCAGAGGUCAGUUUGGCCUUCAUAGUAACUUGCACUGAGCAAGGCCCGCAUGGUGAAACCUCACCUCGUUUCAUGGUUGUGAACUUUGUUGGGUUAAAAGGUGAAAGUGUGUGUAGAGAUCCAUCAGACUGCCAAAACGACAAUUCAGGGUUUUUCAUAUUUCUUGAUCCCAUAUGUAUGUAUGAUAUAAUUUCUAAUAUGACACCAGCUAGUGCCAGGUUUUGUUCAUCUUUCUGAUAUAUAUUUUUUUUUUUAUAAACGUGAUUAGUUAUAUUGUCUCAUUCAUGUUGGGGCCAUGUUUCAUUUUAAUUAGCACUUUUCCCUCUUUUCUAGGUUUGUGAAUUUCUUAAUAAACUUGUAUUUCUUA